AUGGCUGAGGCUUCUGCUGUUGCUCCAAAUUGUGACUUGUUUGAUUGGCCAAAGAAGGAUAAGCGUCGUUUUCUCCAUGCCGUCUACCGCGUUGGUGAUCUUGAUCGUACCAUCCAGUUUUACACUGAGUGCUUUGGUAUGAAGCUGACGAGGAAAAGAGAUGUUCCAGAGGAGAAGUAUUCUAAUGCUUUUCUGUCUUUUGGAUCUGAAGAAUCUAAUUUCGCCGUGGAGCUGACAUAUAAUUAUGGUGUUAGCUCAUAUGAUAUUGGAACUGGAUUUGGGCAUUUUGCCAUUGCGACUCAAGAUGUUUCCAAAUUGGUUGAGACCGUCCGUGCCAAGGGUGGAACCGUGACAAGGGAACCUGGUCCAGUCAAAGGUGGAGGCAGUAUCAUUGCGUUUGUGAAGGACCCUGAUGGCUACACUUUUGAGCUCAUCCAGCGAGGUCCAACUCCUGAACCAUUCUGUCAAGUCAUGCUUCGUGUUGGUGAUCUUGACCGCUCCAUCAAAUUCUAUGAAAAGGCCCUUGGGAUGAGACUCUUGAGAAAGGUCGAGAGACCUGAAUACAAGUACACCAUAGGCAUGCUGGGAUAUGCUGAUGAAUACGAGACCAUAGUUUUGGAGCUGACCUAUAAUUAUGGCGUGACUGAGUACACAAAGGGCAAUGCAUAUGCACAGAUUGCAAUAGGCACCGAUGAUGUGUACAAAAGCGCUGAAGUUGUGAAGAUAGCCAACCAAGAGCUGGGAGGAAAAAUCACUAGAGAAGCCGGAGCUCUUCCUGGAAUUGGCACCAAGAUUGUCUCGUUCCUCGAUCCAGAUGGCUGGAAAACGAUUCUGGUUGACAACGAAGAUUUUCUGAAGGAACUGAAAUGA